UUAUUACUGUCUAUUUUAGCUUUUCGUUCACAAGAUGAUGAGAUAAUCAUGUUCCCAGCUAUUGCAACAACAUAUAUGCUCUCAUUUUCUAGAGAGAGAAAGCGAAAGGGAUUGAUGAAUACAGGCCAUUUCUUCUCUCUCUCUUUCUCUCUCUAUCUCUCUCAUCGAUUCCAGUUCUGUAGUUAAAAACCCAACUGGCUUUUUCUUCAAAUUUCUCUCAUGAUGAUGAUGGGUCUGUGAGUGUGUGUGUAAAUAUAGUUUGUUCUCGAUGUUUCUUUCGGAUUUCAUGAGAUAAACAGAGCUUCAUAUAUGAAUAUUACAUAGCCACAUAUUCUCUUCUUCUCAUUUCUUUUUGUCUUAUUGUUAUGAUUUGUACCUUUCUAAGCUUGUUCUUGCAUUUCACACAGAGAAGCUUGUGAUCUGUCAUGAUCCCUUUCCCUUUCUUCUUUUACUUUCGGGUUUCACAGGUUCGAGGUACUGUAACAAAGACAGUUACGAUAACGAAAGAGACGGAAUCAUCAAUCAUGGUGUAUUUUUUUUUGUAAUUCUCCUUCAAAUACACGUUUCCAUUACUGAAAUCUGAGCUGGGUUUUGGUAUUUGAUGAGUUUUCCUGUUGUUCCUCUUCAAUUCUCGAAGCUAUUUCUCACGAUAUGCAAGUGGGUUUUGUUUAUAAUGUAUUUGAAUCGCAAAUUUUCUGGAAUAAAGGGUAGAUUGUUGACGAAUUCCAAGAUGAGGGAAUGUAAUGGUGGAUGGAAAUGGAAAAAGCUGCUUCUUUUUGUGUGGAUUUUCGUUUUUGCCACUGGGUUUGUUUGGUUCUUGUUUGGUGGUGUUUCGAGUGAAAAAAGAUUGAAGAUUUCAGGGAAAUGUGAAGAUAAUAAUUCUUCGGUUUUGAUUCAACAAUUCAAUGUCAGCAAAGAUCAUCUUUAUGAACUGGCUUCCUCUUUCUUUGAGUCAAAUCAGAUAACUUCGUUGAAAUGCACCAAACAAUUAGAACAUGAAACAGUAAUCACAUGUGCUCUUGAAGUGCCAAAAUUAAAAAACCAUGAACAUGAAGAGCAUCAUUCACCUAAUGUGGAAUAUGAAGAAUCAAGUGAUGAAUACAUUGAAGAGAAUAUAGUGCAAACAAUGGUACCUCAAAACUUUCUAAGAGAAAAUUUCAAUGGUAUUUGCCUUUGUGCCAUUUUUAUAAUGGCACUAAGCUACCAGAAUCGUGGAUUCCGGACAAUAUUAUGGAAGAUUCGGAAUCGGAAUCGGAAAGUGCAUGAGAAGAAAGAUAAAGUAGAGGGAUCCUCAAGGGGAGCUGGAAAAUGGAUGAAAAAGCUACUUGUUCUAUACAUCAUAGCUGGAAUCGCUGCUUCAAUUUGGUUAUUUUGGUACUUAAAUUCAGGAAUUAGUUUUAGAAGAAAAGAAACCCUAGCAAACAUGUGUGAUGAAAGGGCAAGAAUGUUGCAAGAUCAAUUCAAUGUGAGCAUGAAUCAUGUUCAUGCAUUGGCUAUUCUGGUUUCCACUUUUUACCAUGGGAAAGAACCUCCUGCUAUCGAUCAAAAAACUUUUGGCGAAUAUACUGAAAGAACAUCGUUUGAAAGACCACUUACCAGUGGUGUUGCGUAUGCUUUGAGAGUGCGUGAUUUUGAGAGAGAAAGUUUUGAGAAAAAACAUGGAUGGACGAUAAAGAAAAUGGAAACUGAAGAUCAGACAUUAUCACAAGAUUGCGACCCUGAAAAAUUGGAUCCUUCACCUAUUCAAGAUGAAUAUGCCCCUGUUAUUUUGUCUCAAGAAACCGUUGCACAUAUUGUCUCUAUUGAUAUGAUGUCUGGAAAGGAAGAUCGUGAGAAUAUUUUGAGAGCAAGGGCAUCUGGAAAAGGGGUUUUGACAUCUCCUUUCAAGCUAUUGAAAUCGAACCAUUUAGGCGUUGUUCUUACAUUUGCUGUUUACAACACUCACAUUCCUCAAGAUGCGACACCUGAGCAACGAAUUAAUGCAACCGUGGGGUAUUUAGGAGCAUCAUAUGAUGUCCCAUCAUUAGUUGAAAAGCUUCUACAUCAACUAGCUAGCAAACAAACCAUUGUUGUCAAUGUUUAUGACAUCACAAAUGUUUCUUCAGCCAUUAACAUGUAUGGACCUAAACAGAUCGACACCGGGUUGUUGCAUAUUAGUGGUCUUGACUUUGGUGAUCCUGCUCGAAAGCAUGAAAUGCGUUGCAGGUUCAAGCACAGGCCCUCACCACCAUGGACAGCCAUAGCAGCAUCAAUUGGAGCGCUUAUAAUUGUUUUUCUUCUUGGCCAUAUCUUCUACGCAGCCAUAAACAGAAUUGAUACAGUCGAACGUGACUACAACGACAUGUUAGAGCUUAAAUUCCGCGCUGAAGCUGCCGACGUGGCAAAAUCCCAGUUUCUUGCAACGGUUUCGCAUGAAAUCAGGACUCCUAUGAAUGGGGUUUUGGGGAUGCUGCAGAUGUUAAUGGACACGAAUUUGAACGCGAAGCAAUUGGAUUUUGCACAAACUGCUCACGAGAGUGGAAAAGAUUUAAUAAAGUUGAUUAAUGAAGUUUUAGAUCAGGCGAAAAUUGAAUCUGGAAGACUUGAGCUUGAAUCUGUCCCAUUUGAUCUUCGCACCAUUCUUGAUAACAUUUUAUCGUUGUUUUCAACCAAAUCCCAAGAAAAGGGUAUCGAGUUGGCAGUUUAUGUUUCCGAUCAACUUCCCGAAGUUGUUGUUGGAGAUCCCGGACGUUUCAGACAAAUAAUCACAAAUCUUGUUUCAAAUUCACUUAAAUUCACACACGACAGAGGACACAUAUUUGUAUCAGUCCACCUAGCCGAUGAAGCCAAUCACCCACAUGACACAAAAGAUUCACUACUUAAAAAGACUUUGACUUUUGUUGACUCAUCAAAUCACAAUGUCCACAACACUCUAAGUGGGCUUCCGGUUGUUGACAGGAGAAAAAGUUGGGAACUUUUUGAGAACUUAAGUGAAAAACAUCCAAUAAAUCAAUCCGAAAAGAUCAAGAUUUUAGUAACUGUUGAAGAUACGGGUGUUGGAAUCCCAAAAGAUGCACAAAGUCGAAUUUUUAUGCCAUUCAUGCAAGCCGAUAGUUCAACUUCAAGAACUUAUGGUGGAACUGGAAUUGGAUUGAGCAUAAGUAAGAGAUUAGUGGGAUUAAUGGAAGGUGAAAUUGGUUUUGUUAGUGAGCCCGGAAUUGGAAGUGCUUUUUCAUUUACAACGGUUUUUAUGAAGAAGGAAACAAGUUCUUUAGACACGGUUUUGCAACAAUAUUAUCCAACAAUAUCCGAAUUCAAGACACUAAAAGCAUUGGUGAUUGAUCAGAAAAGUAUAAGAGCUGAAGUUACAAGAUACCAUCUUCAAAGAAUGGGAAUCUUUGUGGAAAUAGCAUCUAGUUUAGAUUCUUCACAAUCUUACAUAUCAAGUGAUUCACCUCAUCUUGACAUGAUUCUCAUAGACGAAGAAGUUUGUGACAAGAACACGAGUCUUGAAGAGGUCAAAGUCAAACCAAUUGGAAUGAAACCAAAAGUGUUUCUUUUGGUCAAAUCUAUAAACCCUAUUAGACAUAAUGACCUCAAAUUAGCUAAUUUGGUGUGUGAUGUUCUUGUGAAGCCUCUUAGAUUUAGUGUCUUGAUUUCUUGUUUUCAAGAAACUCUUAUAUCAAAAGAUAACACACAAGUGGCAAGAAGAAAACCGAAAACACUUGGGACUUUGCUACGUGACAAGAAAAUCUUGGUGGUUGAUGAUAAUGUUGUGAAUAGAAGAGUUGCAGAAGGUGCUUUGAAGAAAUAUGGAGCUAUUGUCACAUGUGUGGAAAGUGGGAAGGCUGCUUUAGAAAUGCUUAGACCACCUCAUUGUUUUGAUGCAUGCUUUAUGGAUCUUCAAAUGCCAGAAAUGGAUGGGUUUGAAGCUACAAGACAAAUCCGUGGUUUGGAGAACAAGGUUAAUGAAAAGAUUGAAUCUGGUGAAGUACCUAUUGAUAUGUUCUCAAAUGUGGCACAUUGGCAUACACCUAUUUUAGCCAUGACUGCUGACGUCAUCCAAGCAACAGAUGAAGAAUGUAAGAAAUGUGGGAUGGAUGGCUACGUAUCAAAACCAUUUGAGGAAGAACAACUGUAUACAGCUGCAGCUUGCUUCUUUGAAUCUGGUUGA